AUCCGCGAGCCUCGGCUCGCCUUUCUCGACUCGAGUGGGCGGAGGCUGCUCGCUCUUUGCCUGGCUUUCUGAGGUUAUGUUCCCGGCUGCCGUCCUUAAGUUCCUGAGGCCGAAGUCGCUGCGGUCUUGCAGCCCGCUCUGUGGGAUCAGUAAAGCAUACGGUGUUCGUUUUCCUGUGCUGCAAUUACACACAACUAAUUCUACCAUGCAGUUCAGUCAGGAAGACUUUGACAAGGCCAAAGAGCAGGUGAAGUUUUUGCAGGAUGAACCUAGCGAUGAAGUAAAGUUGAAGCUUUAUGCAUUGUUUAAACAGGCUACUCUGGGAUCAUGUAAUACUCCAAAACCAAGUAUGUUGGAUUUUAUCAACAAAGCCAAAUGGGAUGCAUGGCACUCACUUGGCAAUAUGACACAGGACAAUGCCAGACAGAGCUACAUUGAGCUUGUGUCCAGUUUGGUUUCUGCAGAAUCUUCUCCAGUUAAUGAAAUUCCCCCUGGUAGCAAAUCCAGCUAUGAGACACUCCAGGUUACUACUAAAGACAACAUCAUGAAGAUCAUGUUAAACCGCCCAAAGAGGAAAAAUGCUAUCAAUAUCAAGAUGUACAAUGAAAUUAUAGAAGCACUUGAGGAAGCAGCAAAUGAUGAUUCUGCUCUAACAGUUCUUACAGGUAAUGGCGACUAUUACUGUAGUGGAAAUGACCUGAACAACUUUGCCAAUACUUCAGCUGGUGGAAUGGAAGAGUCUGCAAAGAAUGGUGUAGUGCUGCUCAAAAACUUUGUUCAACAUUUUAUUGAUUUUCCAAAGCCAUUAAUUGCUGUGGUCAAUGGGCCAGCUGUUGGGAUCUCUGUAACUUUACUUGGGCUGUUUGACAUCGUAUAUGCUACUGACCGUGCUACAUUUCAUACUCCUUUUAGCAACCUGGGUCAAAGUCCAGAAGGAUGUUCUUCAUACAUAUUUCCCAAAAUUAUGGGGUUAACAAAGGCCACCGAAAUGCUGCUUUUCAACAAGAAGCUGACUGCUGCAGAAGCCUGUUCACAGGGGCUUGUGACUGAGGUUUUUCCUGACAGUACAUUUCAAAAAGAAGUGUGGACAAGGCUGAAGGCUUACGCAAAUCUUCCCAAAAAGACUUUGGCAGUUUCCAAGCAGCUAAUACGAAGCGUGGAAAAAGAGAAGCUACAUGAGGUUAAUUCUCAAGAAUGUGAAUGUCUCAAGGAAAGAUGGCUCUCUGAUGAAUGCAUUAAUGCCGUAAUGAGCUUCAUCCAGAAAAAAUCAAAGCUCUAGUUUCUAGUAGAUCACGCAAAAUAAAUUGCUAUAAGAGUUGUUUCUGUUCCCUUACUACAAAAAACGUCAUUAAAUGAAUACCUUGGAUACAUAUCCAGAUGGUCCCUUCAUUCUGGCUAGAGUUUAGCUCUUUUGUCUUUUGGAAUUUCGUAUUUUGACAAGAAUUUAUGAUGCCAAAAGCACUGUAGAUGCCUCUUAGGGCCAUUAGGUGGGAAAGCACUCACUGCUUUGCAUGCAGAGCAGAUCUCUUUGAAUGUGACAAUGACUGUUUGUCUUCCAAAAGGGGUAAGUGAUUCAAUGUCACCAAAAUUUGUAAGCUCUUGAAUAACUGAUUGCUGAUCAUACUGAGAUGUCAUGGUCUUUGGUAUCCAUCUAUUGUGGAGAAAGGAAAAAACAAAAUAAUGGUACUAUUUGUAUUAGAAAAAGAUAAUUAAAUCUCUGUUUUCAA